AUGGAGAGGCUGGUUCCCGUCAUGAUUCUCAUCAUCAGCUCUGGAUUGAUGUCCAUGUGCGCCGAAUUUCUGGUUAGCACGAUCGACGAAGUAACCCAUCAGGGGCAUCUCUCCGAAUCCGUUAUCGGCCUCAUCAUCUUGCCAAUUGUCGGCAAUGUCGCCGAGUACGUCACCGUUGUGACGGUGGCAUCGAGGGAGAAGCUGGACCUUGCCAUUGCCGUCGCCGUUGGGUCCUCGAUCCAGAUUGCCCUUUGUGUAGCGCCCUUGACAGUGAUCUCAGGUUGGAUUCUCUCUAGAGACCUAUCUCUCAGUUUCACUCUCUUUGAGGUCGCCGCGCUGAUGGGGACAGCACUCUUGGUGAAUCUGUUGAUACUGAGCGAUGGGAACAGCGUCCUGCGAACAAGCGGACUCAAGGGCGGUCUCAUGUGCGCGUGCUAUGUCAUCAUCGGAUUUGGAGCAUAUCUUUCUCCGGAACUAGACGGGUAG